GGCCCAUUCUGACCUGGGCACGUACUAUGUUCUGCUGAAAGUUCUUGACUGGACCAGCAACAAUUCGCCCCUCUUUCAACUUUUGCAUUCCUCAUCAGAAACUAUAUUUUGGAAGUUAUGGAUGCUCGCCCAAAGACGAUAUACCUCCCAGACACUAUGGUUGACUGGCCCUGGCCUCGUACCAUCAAUCCUCAUUACGAAGAUAUGAAAGCUGAAGUCGAUGCUUCAUUCCGUGAUUUCAAGGCUCUGAGUCCUAAAUUACAAAAAGCAUUCGACAAAUGCGAUUUUGGUUCGACCUAUGCCACGAGCCCUGGAUUCUGACGAUGAUUAACACAUUUUUAAUAGCCCGCCUGGCAGCAUUGGGUUAUCCCAACGCACCGAGAGGUCCGUACU